UAGUACUAUGUCUAUUAGCAUAAUAUGUGGUAACCUCCUGGUAAUCACGUCUAUCAUUUACUUCAAGCAGCUCCACACUCCAACCAACUACCUCAUCCUGUCUCUGGCUGUCGCUGACCUACUCUUGGGUGCUUUGGUUUUGCAGUUCAACAUGGCUCUGUCUGUCAAUUCCUGUAUAUAUUUCGGGGACGUAUUUUACAGGUAUUACGCCGUGUGUCAGCCUCUGACUUAUAAAAUUAAGAUAAACGCUCAAGUGGUUGGGAUCAUGAUCCUGGUAAUUUGGGUUUUUGCCGCGGUAUGUGGAUUCGGUGUCAUAUUCAUGGGGCUUAAAGACACUAUCUGUGAAAGUCGGUGCUUUUUAUUUCAUAUUCCAAAUUCAAACGUCGCCGGUUCUGUUAUCUCGUUUUACCUGCCGGUGAUCAUCCUGCUCGGCAUUUAUUUAAAAAUAUUAACUGUGGCGCUGAAACAGGCACAAAGCAUCCAAAGCACAAAAACUGCACGAACUGAACGAGUGAGUAAAAUGGAAAGAAAAGCCACAAAAACGCUGGUUAUUGUGAUGGGAGUUUUUCUUCUCUGUUGGACCCCUUUUUUUCUCUCCUUAACUUUUAAUCCUCUCACCGGUUAUUCAAUUCCGCUCCCCGUAGUUGAAAUGCUGCUUUGGCUCGGAUGGUCAAAUUCAAUGUUUAAUCCGUUUGUUUAUGGUUUCUUUUAUUCGUGGUUCCGAGCGGCUUUUAAAAUGAUUAUUUCAGGGAAAGUAUUCAGUGGCAAUUAUACAAACUGUAAACUGAGUUAA